AGCGCGCUGGCCCCAAAAGGGGCGCGACGGUAGCUCCCAGCCACGAGUUCGCAGAAAUCAUGUCGAGCACCCAUUCAUCACCACGGGGAUGGGAUUCGAUUCCACCAGAAUCCGCACAAACUAUGCCUCCAUCUCCCAAUUGGCAACGCUAUAGUCACAGAAGACCACCCAAAAGUGGACGCUUUGAGGCAUCCUCAACACUUGCAUCUUCAGUGAGACGGGUAAGGUCGUCAGAACGUCCAUGUUGCCCGUUGGCAAUGAGACCGAAGUGGCCCAGGCGUGAUCACCUUCCAGCAUGGGAAAUUGAAGGUGUCCGGUCGAGGUUGAGAGGAGGAGCAUAUUUAGGUCAUGACCCGACAGACCGACUUCAACAGAGACUGGACGUGGAACGCACAGGUUACCUGACUUUCGACCAGUUGCGUCGAGUUGUGCGUUUGAAACUCCGAGUCAAAACUUCCGAUGUCUCCAAUGAAGAUUUGGCGAACCUUAGUUAUAUGCUGGACUUUGAGGAUUGUGGCAUGGUACGAGUAGAUGACUUCGUGUCUUUUGUGCUUGCGGAGAAGCAGGUUCUUUGGCGGCCUACGGCCGAAGCCAUGAAAUCGAAAUCCCUGUCCAGCCUGGCCACGACGCAGACAAGUUUUGGCCAGACCCGUGGAUCCCGUGGUCGCUCAAGCUCUCGGAAGUCUGGUGAUUCCAGGUCUCCAUCACCAACGGCAUCGACGUUCAGACCAGAGGAACUUGCAAGGGCACUGUCGCUUUCCAGAUCUGGUUCCCCAACCCUGCGAGGAAGGUUAAAUGUCCUUGGGCCACUGGUUCCACAGGAGCUGUCCUUUGAGGAAGACGUACAAAGGUGCUGUCAGUCAGGAAACUUGGGGAGGCUGCGGGUUUUGUUGGCCAGAAGCCCCAUGGGUCAGAAACCGCUCAGUGCGGAGCUUGGAUGCAAAUGCGCCCAUCUUGCUGUGCACCUCGGCGACGAAGAGAUUUGUGAUUUGCUGCUGCGUGCACAAGUGGACCCACGUUGCCGAGCUCAGAGUGGAGCAACCUUGCUGAUGCGGGCUGCACUCUAUGGGCACAAAGGCAUAGACAAGAACCUGUUGACCAACUGGCGCGCAAAUCCUAUGGAUGUCGAUGAGAAAGGAUGCAAUGCACUGCAUUUGGCGUGUUGUUCAAACCUCGUCACACUGCAGCUAUUGGCAGAGCAUUCACCAAGAGCCAUUCACGCCACAGACAAACUUGGCAGGGGCUGUUUCUACUAUGCUUUGGCCAACUGCAAGCCUGAUGAACAAUUCCGAAUCUUGCAGUACCUUCUUUACAAGAGAUGUGAUCCAAAUUGUCCGGACGAUGAUGCCCACAACGCUUUGUGCUAUGCCUUGGAAGCAGGGAAUUAUGAGGCAGUCAGCUUGUUGCUUUGUGCCGGGGCAGAUGUUGAUCUGUCACUCCUCGCCAAUCAUCGCUUGGGCAGCAACCCUUCCAAUCCUUGCGGAUGCUUUGAAUGCGUUGCAAGGAGCCCACGUGAUGUCACGCUUGGAACAGAUCCAGACCAGACCCAAGGUCUUAGGAGUCUGACGUGACUGAUCUGAUGAUGUGAAAUGGAUCCUUGGUACCCUUAAACAGCAGUGCGGCUGUUCCUCAAACUUUAGUUUAGUGAAUUUUCACUCGACUUGCAAUUAAUUUCAAAGGAUGCACUGUACAAGUGCCCCGUGAACGCGCUUGUGUAACACAAGGCAGCUUCACCAAAUUGUUGUAUGACAGAUAUAUAUGCAAAGUUUGGGUUUGCAG